AUGACCGUCAGCCAAGACCGUCAGUUUGUGCGGGGUGCUAUCCUUUGGCAGAUUCUGUUGAAGCUCGUGGCCAACAGCGUGAAUCACAAACGCAGUGAGAACUCUUACCAACGCCUUCUAAGCCAUCGACUCGUGGAGACAGAUGGACUAUCGGGUUUUCGCAAAUUUUUGGAUCAGAACCGUCACCGAAGAUUGAGCGACUUCAAACGCGAGUUUUCUGUCUCCACUAUGGGAUUGCUAACUUACAUUGUCUCUGCACCUCCAAGGGGCGGAGAGAGCUCCUACUCGCCAUAUAAUUUCCCCCGCCCCCAGCUGCCUUGCUCACAGCACACCACAACCGCGAACAUAAGACUCAACCUUAUCCGAAAACUCCGAAGAUACCACCCACAUCUAUACAAGCAAUCGCUGAAAAUGGCACCUCGAAAGCGCAACAACACUAAGAAGCACGAGCGCGGCAAGAAGAUUUCCAAGAAUGCAAUCAUGACACUCGUCUUCGUGGGAGACACGUCCUCGCUGUUUUUCAAGUCGCCGUUGGAGCUGCGGAAUCAGAUAUACGACUUCCUCUGGCAAACCUUCGAGAUGAUCAAGGUCUGGCAGCGCUCCAGCAAGACCUACAUCACGGCGUACCUCAACGAUGACAUGAAGGGAAUACAAGAGGACUUCAGACAGCUUUGUAAGGAGCAGCCGCAGUGGCCUUCUUCUUGUUUGCCGAGGUGGCUCUUGACCAACAAGCUUAUCCUGCGCGAGGGCAUGGCUCGAUUCAGUAGCAACAGCCACUGGAUCCUCCACUCGGUACGGUCAGUGCUGACCAUGCCGGGACCAUUCCACCCAAUGAGCCCCGCCACAAUCAUGUUGCCAGGGCUUGCUCGAUCCCUCGAUCUGGGUCCCUUUGGAUACAAGCAUUCAUUCCUGGAGCGCGACGACCGCUUCGUUCUCCACUUCGGCAAGCGCGACCGCAAGUGGCUCAAGAAUCUUACGCGCUGCCUCACUGAGUACAACGCCGUGGAACACGUAUCUCUCACCAUCCAAUACGUCCAUGAACCAGCCGAGGGUUAUCCUGCUACAGUCGACCUCCAGCCACUGCAGAACCUGUUGUAUGCGCUUCCACGCCUUCUCUCGAUCUCGGUGAGCAUCGCUACCCGCACGCCUUGCCGCUUUGAUCGGACCUGGAUGGAUGGAAUUACGCUUACAGAGCUCGAGCGCGUAGUUGCUGCUGUCAUCGGAGAGACAGACCUGGAGGUUGAGGUCUCGGAGCGGGUAGUAUCGCAUGGCUACUUCUUCCCGGCGGUGUUCCAGGAUCAGACUUUCACGUUCACGAAAGCUUGA